ACUGCGUUGCUGAACGAAGCAUCAAGAAAUUUUGAAGUUUGCAGCUUUCCUAACGAUCUCUCUUCACGCAUCGCCCACAGAGGUAUUUCAAUAAAAAAGUUACAAAUCAGUGAAUCGGAUCAUCACACAAGAGGUCAUAAACAAUUUUUGGCUCCAUAACAAUCAACUAAAACAAUGAAAACCAAGAUUGUCUACCUUUUCACCUUACUUGCUUUGGCAUCCAUUAUCCAUGGCCGUCACACGUCCUCGAACCAUCGGUACGAGAAACUCGACGAGUCUAAGCCCGUGGAAUCGGUGGAGCCCGAAGAGCUCGAGGAAAUCAAGGAUCCCGAGGAAUUGGAAGAUCAAGAGGAACUCGAGGAUCUCGAGGAAGUCGAAGAAUUCGAAGGACCUCCGCCUGAGGAGACUGAGGAGUCUUCUGCAGAAGAGCUUUCAGAAGGAGGAGUAUGCAGUGUUGAGGCUGAGGAUCGCAACGAUUGCGGAUGGAUCGGUAUCGAUAAUACCACCUGCGAAAACAGAGGUUGUUGCUAUGACGAAACAGUGUCGGAUACAGCAUGGUGUUUCUAUCCAACUGACAACAAAUGUUAUGGUAUUGACCCAGUAGAAAGAGAAGAUUGUGGCUAUUCUGGGAUACAGAGAGAGGAGUGUGAAAACGAAAGAGGAUGUUGUUUUGAUCAUACUGUGCCAAAUGUACCUUGGUGCUUCAAAGGAACUGAGCCACCAGCCGAAGGAGUAUGCAGUGUUGAGGCUGAGGAUCGCAACGAUUGCGGAUGGAUCGGUAUCGAUGAGGCCACCUGCGAAUACAGAGGUUGUUGCUAUGACGAAACAGUGCCGGAUGUAGCGUGGUGUUUCUAUCCAACUGACAACAAAUGUUAUGGUAUUGACCCAGUAGAAAGAGAAGAUUGUGGCCAUUCUGGGAUACAAAGAGAGGAGUGUGAAAACGAUAGAGGAUGUUGCUUUGAUCACACUGUGCCAAAUGUACCUUGGUGCUUCAAAGGAACUGAGCCACCAGCCAAACCAGCCAAUGACCCUUCCACUCUUGGCGACAUAUGCGAUGUCGAAUCUGAGGAUCGCAACGAUUGUGGAUGGUACGGCAUCGACGAGGCUACUUGCGUGGUCAGGGGCUGUUGCUACGACGACACAAAGCCAAAAGCAAAGUGGUGUUUCUACCCAACAGACAACAAAUGCUAUGGUAUUAAACCACAAGAACGCGAAGACUGUGGUUACAUUGGUAUUCAGCGAGAGGAGUGUGAGGACGACAGAGGUUGCUGUUUUGAUCACACUGUACAGGGUGUACCCUGGUGCUUCAAGGCCACUGGACCAGUGAGUGUGGCCCCACCUGAAGUAGAAACUCAGGAAGGAUCUGCAGGAGCCUCCGAGGCUUAGCUUUGAAUGAUCAAUCCUCAAUUGGUCGGUUUCUUUGGCAUACGGUGAAAUUUUUUUUUCACUCUAAUAUGAAAAAGAGCCGUGGAUUCAAUCUCAACAAUUUCUUUUUGCAUCUGAUCUACGCUCCGAGAGAUUCGCAUUUGAUUGACAUUCAUAUGAUGCCGCAUAUGUGUUGAUCAGCCUAUUUUUCAUGUGAGCAAAGUAAAGAGGCGAGUUUAAACUAGGCGUUAAAAUUGUUGCGUUGCUGUCAGGCUACGGUAAAGCAGGUUUACUAGUAGCAUGGUGCAUGGCAUUUUCCUAGAAUAUCGUUUGCGCUCUAUUAAGUGUUAAAACACAUGUUUUACGGGUUAAGUUUUGUUUGCACAAAUUCCUACGAGUAAUCUUUCACACUCUGGUUCCAUAUCAUCUGCGGAACUUUUCUAGGCUAGGAGAAAAUCUAAUAAAGAAUGCACUGUAUGAAAGAAGAGUCUCAAUUCAGCCACAUUGCGUCGCACGAGACUACUAGCAAAAAAAAAAUUGAAUUCAAAAUGACUUCCAAACCAGAACCAACAAAAGGUGAAGCAAAACAAAUUAAAUGCAGUUUAUACGUUAUUAAGGGCGAACACCAUGAAUAGUUCCUCUCACCACGGUGGACGCCAAAUGUUUUUUUGUCCGCAAAAAUCCAGUAUGCCAAUUUCCAGUGCGAUUUGAAAUUAAGCAAUCUGUCUCUUCUGACAAUCACAUGGCGAAGAUAAAAGAUAUCGCCUGUGUACUUUAGUACUCCCUAGAGACGGAGACUAAAGUUAGGGCUCCAAAAAAUUCCAGUUUUACAAAAUUCACACCUAAUUUAGUCUUUCUCUGUCAUCUAUCGUACCCAGUGCGUUAUGCGUAGUGUACCCAGCUGCUUCUCAGAUAACAAUAACAAACAAACAAACAAAACGCAAUCAAACGUAAAAGGUGAAGUGUGUUCUGUUGAAGAGCAUUGGUGUUCUUUAAAGCUAUUAGCUGUUUAAGAUAAAAACAUACUUAACUAUA